CGCCUGGAAGGAGCGUUCCGCCGCCGCGACCAUUUGCUGCCUCCUCCUCCUCCUCCUCCUCCUCCUCCUCUGGCUCCUCUCCUCCGCCCCCCCCCCGAGCAGGGCAGGAGCUGGAGAUGGGGACGUGCGAGAUCACGGCGCUGGAUCGGGACCUGAGCCACCCGCGGCGGGCGAUCACCCGGCAGACGGCACGCUGCGCCUGCCGCCACGGCCAAGCCGCCGGCACCGCCCGCGCCAAGCCGGCCUGCGUGGACGCCCGGCUCAUCGCCAGCCGGCAGUGGUGCGGGAUGGAGCCGUGUGAGGAGGGGGAGCAGUGCGCUCUGCUCCGAAACCGCUCGGGCUGGAGCUGCAUGAGACGACUGGGACGAAUAAAAACCAUCACGGUGUCCUGACAGCAGCCAGCGCGUGAGGAUGAGGGGACUCGCUCCGGAGCCGGCGGGACGAGCCCGGGCAGGGAGCGGGGUUUGCUCGGUGCUGCCGUGUCAUGGCCUUGAACCCCCCCGCCGGUGCCAGCCGAGGGACCGGCCGCCUCGGGCAGGGUGGCUGGAAGGGUCACUGGGCUCCCGUUCACCCCACGGGCUCCCUUUGCCUGCGGAGGGUCCCCCGGGGCUCACCGUGCUGAGGAGGAGGAGGAGGAAGAAGAAGCUGUUGAGGUCCCAGUUUCCAGCUCUGACCCCCCCCCCACCCAUCUGCAGGCCCUGAAUUUUGCAGUAGUUGAGCAGCAUCAGUGCCUGACCCGAAUCUGGCCGCCUGUCAGGGUGCGGGGAGC